UGUACCUUGGUCAUUUUCUAGAGGUAUCUGUGAUCCACUACUACCAGACACGGAGGCCCAUUAUGCGAAACUUACUUCUAUUCUGUCCGGAACCAUCUGAACCAUUUAACCAUUUGAAUCAACGAAUGGUAAUAGAGAUAUUUGCACACAACACGCGGUAGUUACGAAAAUUUACGAUUCCUGGGCGUACAGUUAUUGUUUGCUAGAUAUGCGUUCUACACUGUUAUGUUUCAUUGUAUGUUUGUCUGGUUCUGUAGCGCUUGCUAGAAAAAAAAUCAAUGAACCUGCCACAGCUAACCCUAUUACUUUUAGUGUAAAUGGUUGCUUGCUAUUAUCAGCUAUCAUGAAGAUUCACAUAUCAAAAUCAGACGCUGUUAAGCAAUCAGAAUCAGUGUUUACAACCUACAUUAAUUCAACAAAUGCUAAAAGCAUCAACUCCAGCGGCGCAUGCAUCAAUUCCACUAGCAAAGAAUACAACCUCUUAAACUUGGGUUGGAAACCGAAUGGUUCUGAGGGCAAUUGGAAUAUAUCAUUUAAUUUCUCUGAGACCCAUCCUGGUUAUUAUGGUUUAACUAAUGUAUACUUAUUGUACUGGCUGGAUAAAUCGGGUCCACGUAAUGCUUCCACGAAUAAAUCACUUUUUUCUUGUGCUAUUGGUACAUCGUUUAUUUGUCUAAGUGAACAAACCUAUGAAUUAAAAGAUAAAUCAUCAAAUUCAACUAAUGUACGACUUACAUUUAGUGAGUUCCAAGUUGAAGCAUUCAGAAAUAAUGAUGUUUCUAAUAAUACGUUUACUGGACCAACUUCCUCUUGUGCUGCCGAUUAUGUACCGACUAAAGUGAUUCCUAUUGUUGUCGGCGUUUUAUUGGUGGUUAUGAUAGCGGCUGCUUUAAUCGCUUUUAUUAUCAGUAGUCGACGCCGUCAAAUUGGCUAUGAAGAAAUAUAAAUUAUGAAAAUAAAGGCGGCCUAACAUACAGGUCUUAUAGAUAAUGAAUCAAACUCUCAGAUCUGAUAAUCUUAGCAUGAUUUAGCUAUUGUUAUGUUAUUUUUUUCAUUUACAUUGCUUUCGAACCUAUUUCUCUAUUUCAUCAAUAAUUACUGCUUUUAUAUAUAUUUAUGUAUACCAUUAAACCCUAAAAUUUUAUAUUUCAUUUUUGGCGCUCAUUUCAUUUUUUUUACACGCAUUUCGGUCUUAUGUCUUGAUGGUGUUUUUUAGAUUCAGGUUGUUUUUCACUUGAUGAUUUACAAUAUAUUGUCAUUGUUCGUUCAUUAAAUCGUAUUUUGUAAUGUAAGUAGAGGAUAAUGUUAGUAUGCGUAGAGUGUGGUAUCAUAUUGUAUGAAUUCAAUUACAAUUUAAAUAUGAUUAUAGAUACCUGCCUCAUUUUUUAAAUACACAUUGUAUGCAAAUUGAUUCACUAUUCUGUAAACUGAGUCUUUCAUCGUUAUUUAGCAGUUUACUGCCUACAGUUUUAGGCUCCAUCUGUGUUUCUACUGUUAAUUUUAGAACUCCUAACUGAGCAAUAAUAAUAAACGGACGCAAUAGGGAUUGCUGUUUCUUGUAAUCACGAAUGCAGUGUUUCUGUAUUUCUCAUGCGUAAGCUCCACUGCCCGACGGUAUCUCGCUUUUUCAUCAUGCAAAUUGGUAGCUCAUUGAUUAGAAGCACUAGUAUAUUAUGGUUUUGGUUGGUUAAUGAAAGGGAUGGAUCUAGGGUUUAGACUAGUUUUUACUUGCCAACAAGAAGUAUGUACCAAUUUGAGGGGACUGGUGUCUCUGUGAUUGGAGCUCGCAUCACCCAGUAUUAGCCACGGGAGUUAAUAGACAAACAUCACCUGAAUCACUACUUGACUACUGUUGGUGCCUCACUCCUGUUAGGAGAUAUUUGUAGCCCGAUAUGCUCAGUAUUAAGGGUUUGGACUAUGACUGGGUGAUAUGUGCUCGAACAUCUUGUGACCGAAGACACGUUUCGAGACGUCAGCUACCUGGGGACUUAUGAUGACAAUUUCUUGAUUACUAACAACCAAAACUGGACUAAUUGUUCAGGACUACUAUCGCUUGGUCUAACUAUUCUUUUAAUCCUCCGCUGAAAGUGCCAGCUGCUGUGGAAGUGACUAUCGAGAGGGCUGUAAUUUGUGUAACUAUCGGACGGAGAAUUAGUGGUUAUCAUUGUAUAAUUAUCAGACAUUUAACUUAUUAUACUCUUAUAUUCUCCAGAUUGUAAUCUUACUGUUUGGGCACUGGUCGUUGUUUUAUUAUUUUUUUUUAUCUUACUUGAGUUAUUCCUAACUAAUCAUUGGCCUUUAACUUGUGCGAUAGUUCUGCAAACAGUUCCGUAUUUAUGUCCAUGUAUUCGGGAAAUUGCUCUGUAUUUUUAUGUGAGUUGAUUCAUUGAACUAGAUUGUUACACAAUAUGGGAUGUAUCUGCUUAGUGACUCCGUCUUCUAAUUGGACACGGUUGUAAGGAACUCGAGGGUCAGUAGUUGUUAAGGUAUGAACUGUUGUUACUUAGUCAAUGGUCCUACGCGCAAUACAGUUGCAAAUGUGUAGAAUGAUUAUCUGACCCUGUCUUACGUAACCCGAUCAGGAAUUGAUAAAGCCAGAAGUUUUCUACUUUUCCAAAGUACAACACCAACCCUGAUGAUAUGGAAGACAUCCUAGUGCUACUUGCUGGUUUACAUUUGUCGUUCUCCCAUAUUUUCCGUCCCUCAUUAGUAACACCCGUAGGAUAGUGGUUUUAUUUUACUCUCCAACUAUUCGGGCUCUCCCAGUAUCACUCCUAUCGUUAUGAAUCUCGUCUUAUCACUGAACAAUGGGGCUUCUAUGCCUAAAUUCUGAGAUAAAUCUUGAAUAAAACACUUUAUUUGCGCGAAACGUGGACUUUAUAUUUACGGAGUAGGAAUUCAUCACCUGCUUUUGCUUAUUUAGUCAACCUUGUUUCGGUUUGUGCACCUGGGUAGUAUUCCAGUCCUCACGCAAGUCGAACAAUGAAAUGUGGUGCAUAUCUAUUUGAUACCUCCUUGCACCAAUGUUUAUGUAGUUAAAUAAAUAUAUAUUUAGUCAGCGAAGAAUCCUAUAGGUUAUCGCUGUUAGUUGUGAAAGGCGACUAAUGAGUGAGAGGACCGUCACUAGUGUUAUGAUAACCUACAGUUGUUUCGAUUAAUUGGAGGCUGAAAAAGGAAUAAUCAGUGAAAAUAAUAUUGCAAAAGUCAAUUCAUUAAAACACUAUCUCGGAAAUUGCAGAAGUAUUCAGGCAGUCUUCAGCUAUCUUGCAGUUGACCGUGGCUAAACUACUCUGAUGGAUCACUAAUUUUAGCUCUUAAGGCCAUAUGAGAACCGAGGAGUUCGUAGAAAUACAGAAACUUGAUAGUGCUGAAAGCUUCUGACUUUUUUGGGAAUUUUUGUUCUGAUGGUUAUAUUAGUGACUAGGCACACUUUACAACAUUUUGUAUAAUGAUGGUUUUCACAGGCAGUUGAUUUCGGAU